AUGGCGGCGCCCAGACUGCGGGGCUUUUGCCGGGCUGCUCGCAGCGGCGUCGCGUUCCCGGGGCUGCGCGGGGCGCACUCGGGGGCUCGGGGGGUGCUGGCGGAGCAGAAGGCGCGGGGCCUGUUCCAGGAGUUCUUCCCGGAGCGGGGCACGAAGGUGGAGCUGCCGGAGCUGCUGUCCGCCCCGCAGACGGUGUACUGCGGCUUCGACCCCACGGCCGACUCGCUGCACGUGGGCCACCUGCUGGCGCUGCAGGGCUUGCUGCACUUGCAGCGCGCCGGGCACCACGCCAUCGCGCUGGUGGGGGGCGCCACGGCGCGCCUGGGGGACCCCAGCGGCCGGGCCCAGGCGCGGCAGGGGCUGGCGGCGGAGCAGGUGGAGGGCAACGCGCGCUCCCUGAGGCUGUGGCUGGAGGCCCUGGCCGCGCGUCACCAGCAGCUCUUCGCCGACGGCCGGCGCGCCUGGGGCAGCUUCACGGUGCUGGACAACGCCGAGUGGCUGGGCGCGCAGAAGCUGGUGGACUUCUUGGCGGCGGCGGGCGGCCACCUGCGCAUGGGCACCCUGCUGAGCCGGCACACGGUGCGCUCGCGGCUGCAGGGCCCGGGCGGCAUGAGCCUGGCCGAGUUCUGCUACCCGGCGCUGCAGGCCUACGACUUCUACCACCUCUUCCGGCGCUACGGCUGCCGCGUCCAGCUGGGAGGCGCCGACCAGCUGGGCAACAUGGUGUCGGGAUACGAGUUCGUCCGCAGGAUGACAGGGGAAGACGUCUUUGGAAUCACAGUGCCUCUCAUCACCAGCACCACUGGGGCCAAGUUGGGCAAGUCAGCCGGCAACGCAGUGUGGCUGAGCCGGGACAGGACAUCUCCCUUUGAGCUGUACCAGUUCUUCCUCAGGCAGCCGGAUGACACGGUGGAGAGGUAUCUGAAGCUUUUCACAUUUCUGCCACUUGCUGAGAUUCAGCACCUCAUGCAGCUGCACAGCAACCAGCCAGAGAAGCGGGAGCCCCAGAAGCGACUUGCUGCCGAGGUCACGAAGCUGGUGCAUGGGCAGGAAGGGUUGGACUCUGCCAAGAGGUGCACAAAGGCCCUGUACCACAGUAACGUGGAGGCAUUGGAAGCCAUGUCGGACGAGGAGCUGAAGGAGCUGUUCAGAGAAGCCUCGUUUUCUGAGCUAGUUCUGGACCCAGGAACCAGCGUCCUGGAUACUUGCCGCAAAGCACAAGCCAUCCCUGAUGGCCCCCGAGGGUACCGCAUGAUAACAGAGGGCGGCGUCAGUAUCAACCACCAGCCCGUUACCCGCCCUGAGAGUGUACUGGUUCUGGGCCAGCACAUUCUCCGCAAUGGGCUGUCCCUACUGAAGGUCGGCAAAAGGAAUGUUUACAUCAUCAAAUGGCUCCAGCUCUGAUGGUCUGCCCUGGAAGUACCCCACAGACACCUCUAGAACUACUCUAGGUUGCUAUGUGGCAUCCUGGCCCCCUCCACACAUUCCCAGGGUACCACUGGCCUGCCAGCUCCACUCUUGUUCCUUUUCUGAGCAGGUGCCUUGUAGCAUUUGCUGUCCUCACACGACCCUCUAGGGGACUGUGAGCCAUGUGAAGGGGAAGUGAGCUGAAGCCGGGCUUGGCCUUAGUAAACUUGUCAGAAGUUUCUGACUUGGGUCCCCUGCACAAUGUUUUAUUCCUGAUAAUCAGGUUUGUUUCAGCCUCUUCUCUCUAAAGUACACGAUGUUUAUCAGUCUGACAAAUGAAGAGAGCUUUUGU